AGUUGGGGAGUUUUCUCUUAAGAAGACGGGUUGCGUACCUCGCUUUCUUCUAUUUGGACCAACAAAUGCUCUUUGUUGAAGAAACAAAGAAGGGCGGAAGAUUCCUGAAUAUUAUAUUGGAUGAGCUCAGAUUACGAGUACAAGCAUCAAAGAUGGACAUAUAGAAUAUGUGGUCUGUGAUCCAACGCCUAACACUUGGUUCAUAUUUUCACAAGCUGGGUCUCUUUUAUAUUUUCGUCAUAUCCACGCCCAAUUAUAUAUCAAUCUGAUUUUGCAGCUUCCAAUUGGAUCAUUGGCUAAUUAUUGUAACUACUUGGAUGUUCUUCCAUUACUUCACCGUUCACCGUUCUUCAUAUCUCUAAAUUUCCAAGCAUGAAAUCUUUGGACAAGAAGGGGCUUCAACAACUGACAAAUUGAUUGAAUGAGCUAAAAUUCUAAAUACAGGAGAUGGAAAAGCUUGGUUAUGAAUACACAAAGCAGAGGCUUGCAUAUACACGUGCUCAAAAAUACCAAUCAAUACCUUUUCUUCGGAUAGCUGCUAUGUGGGAAGAAGAAGAAAAGAUUCAUUUGGAUGAAUGGGUUUUUGAGUUAAAGACAAAAUGGAAGCCUCCUUUAAUGAUGACAGCAAUGGACCUUUCGAUUCUACUGUGUCACCAACACAUUCAGCAUCAAGCUCAUGAGGCAUCUCAGCCCUCAUUGUUGAGCAAAGGGGUGCCCGAAGAUCUGAGAUAUCUUCAUCUGCAAUCCAAAUAUCAGGCAAAUGAUGCUGCUGAGGCCCACUAAAUUAUUGUUGGUGACAUCUUUGAAUUUGCAUUCUCACCAUUUGGUUCUCUGUAAAAGAUGUCCUCAUGUUUUAAGGUGGUGAACAGUCAACAUUCAAACUUUGACCAAAAUUAUCAUUGGAGACAGGAAAAUGGAAAACUUCCCAUGAAGCUUGUGAAGAUCAUGAGGGAUUUGUUGGUAUUUUUGACAUAUUGAAAAUGUUCUGUUUCAAUAUUUCACCAAUUGAGAGUCGGUGACUAGUGCUUAAUUUAGCUUUGAUUUUCAAUUCUAUUAGUUCCUUUGUCUGGAUGCAAGUUGUACAUUAUUUUCUAGGAAUGCAUGAACAGAUGUUGAUUUUGGUGUGUUGAGAUAUAUAUCAUUUUAAACGUACU